UCUUGUUCAUAGUUUCUUAUCCGAAUGGAACGGGAAGAAGAGAAGAAGAAACAGCGCCCCUUUAUCCCUUGAAUUAAACUAACCGUCACUCUGUUCUGUUUCUGUUUCUGUCCGCCCUAUGAAACCUCCCAAUUACAUUUCUCAUCGUUAAACCAUCACCAUCCUUGGUGGGAAGAGAAUGUCUUGUUUAUUGCCACACUUUAACACUUUCACAACUCCUAUCCCCAUCCCUACGCACCGCCAUCAUCAUAUCAUUCUUCAAAUUAAAUUAAGACGCAAUUUCUAUUUACGCCCACACUGUAUUCUGUCUCCCUCCGCACCAUCAACCGCACUCCUUGAAUUCGAUAAUCAUAAAUUCGAUGCUUGGCCCUAUGUCACUUCUCAGGAAAACUUUAAAGCAGCCUCUUCUGCAGAAUCACUUCUUACUAGUGAAGACGCGGUAAUAACCGCCGCUGCUUCUGAAGCUCUUGCUCUUGCCAAAGCUGCUGCAAAACUUGCAAAGGAUGCAGCUCUAUUAGUGAAAGACAAUCCCCCACAACAACAACCUGUGUUGAGGCCACAACUUCCUUCCACGCCUGAAAAUUUACUUCUCAAAUGGGUUCAACAUAUGGAAGCACAAGAUGCUGUAGCAGAAGGAUCCGUGGUCACUGGACCGGAAACAACGGAAGAGUUUGAUCAAGAGGAGCCUACCAUUGAGGAACUUGAAGACGUCGAGGAAGAAUUGUCUAAUAGUAUAGAUGCAAGAUCUGGCCGCCUUACGGAAAGAAAAGCUAGAAGAGUCAGAGCAUCUGGGAAGGCUGCUACCAAUAUUGUGUCCUUUAAGUCUGGAUCCACCAGUAGAAAGAAGCGUGUUCGGACACAAGAGAUUGACUAUUCUGAUCCACUGCGUUACUUAAGAAGUACAACCAAAUCUACAAAGCUUCUUACUUCAUCUGAAGAAGUUAAGUUGUCUGCAGGAAUACAGGAUCUGAUAACGCUCGAAAAACUUCAAAAGGAUCUUGUAGAAAAAUAUGGUGGCGAGCCCACAUUUUCUCAAUGGGCUACAACGGCAGGGGUAGAUCAGAAGACCCUGAGAAAACGAUUAAAUUAUGGUGUACAUUGCAAAGAAAGAAUGAUUAAAAGCAAUAUACGACUUGUCAUAUCAGUUGCUAAGAAUUACCAGGGAUUAGGAAUGAGUCUGCAAGAUGUAGUCCAGGAAGGAUGCCGCGGCCUUGUAAGAAGUACAGAGAGGUAUGAUGCUUCUAAGGGCUUUAAGUUCUCAACCUAUGCUCACUGGUGGAUUAGACAGGCAAUUCGGAAAGCCCUUUCUCUCCAGUCAAGAGUUAUUCGCUUACCACUCCACAUAGUGGGAGCAGCUUACAAAGUGAGGGAGGCAAAGAAAAAACUGUACAGUGAAAAUGGAAGACAACCAACCGAUCAAGAAGUUGUUGAAGCAACUGGGCUGUCAAUGAAGAUGCUUAAUGCUGUUUAUAUGGUCCCAAAAGCUCCGAGAUCACUAGAUCAGAAAAUUGGGAUCAACCAGACUCUUAAGCCUUCAGAUGUACUUGCCGAUCCAGAAGCUGAAACAGCCGAAGAACAGCUGAUUAAGCAGUUCAUGAAAAAGGACCUAGAAAAGGUACUAGACAGCCUGAAACCGAGAGAGAAACAAGUGAUUAGAUGGAGAUAUGGUAUGGAUGAUGGAAGGAUGAAGUCACUGCAAGAGAUUGGGGAAAUGAUGGGCGUGACUAGGGAGAGAGUUAGACAACUUGAGUCACGUGCUUUUAGGAAGCUUAAGAACAAGAAGAGAGCCAAACAUUUGCAGCAGUAUAUGAAUAUAUAACCCCGCCAAAUAUUGAUGUUAGCUUAUUUCAGGUCCUGAUAUCUUUGUUCUUUUUACAUGUAUGUUGUUCCCAUUAUUCAAGAGAAAACAAAAAGGUUAUUUCAGCAUAGUAGGAAUCAGUAAAUCAAUGUAAAACACAAGCAAAAUAGUUUUUGACCAAGAGUUCACCAUUUUUUAAUGUAAGCGAUUCAUUCGAACCGAACAA